AUAUGCGUCCACUGAUAUGGACAAAGUGUUGCUCAAGUAUACUGAAUACAGUGAACCACAUGAAAGUCGCACUAAUUCCGAUAUUAUGGAGGCUCUCCAACGGAAGGAAUCAAAGCACGGAGGUGGCGGUGAUUCCGACGAUGAUAGUCCAGGUCCAUCUACCCCGCUUAACGGUCAUGCUGUACAAAAUAAUGUCGAACAACCGCCAACGGUAGCACCACAACCACCAGCUGCUGCUAUACAUCCACUCUAUACGAACCUUUUCCUACAUCCACAAUAUCGUCCACGUCCUGAACCAACGAAACAUAUCGAAUUCCCCACAACCAGUUCAUUCCCCUACGAUUCAUCCGGUACUGCUCCAUUACAGCCACCACAUCCAUUAGCUGCUUCUGAUGCCGAUUGU